AUGGCUGUCAAGGAAUUACUUAAUCAAGCUUCAGGGUAUGGUGUCCUGGUAGGUGUUGGUGCUCUGUUUGCCAUUAUGGUGCUAAUCAGUACCAGGCUGAUGAAAAAGUACCUGAAUGAGAACACGGGUAACACCGAGAUGUUCACUGUUUGUAACAGAUCGGUCGGUGUCGGGUUGGCUUCGUCUGCUAUCAUGUCCUCCUGGAUGUGGGCUACUGUGUCUAUUUGGUCUGUCCAAAUGGUGUUUAGUUAUGGUGUGGCAGCAGCCUACCAUUACGCUUCUACUUCCUCUGUGCAGGUUGUGUUCCUGAUGUUGGCUGGUAUUGAAUGUAAGAGGAAGAUUCCUAAUGCUCACACAUGUUUGGAGAUUGUCAACCUGAGAUAUGGAAAGGCCACUCACAUACUAUACAUCUUCUUGUGUUUGGUGAAUAAUUUGCUAUCAUGCUCUUCUAUGAUUUUGGGUGCUUCUGGUGCCAUCACUGCUUUGACUGGUAUGCACAUUGUCGCUUCUACCAUGUUGAUUCCAUUCGGUGUGCUGUGUUACACCUUCUCCGGUGGUCUUAAGGGAACGUUCAUCACUGAGUAUGUUCACACCUUUAUCGCCUUGAUCAUCUUUGCCUAUUUCACAACUGCAUCCGUCGCCCACAACGAAAUCGGGAGUCUGGGAAAUCUUUAUGAUUUGGUGAAACAAUGGCAAGCUGACAACGAGUACUACAUCGAGGGUAACUAUCAAGGUUCCUUGCUCACCUUCAAGUCCCAAGGUGCCAUCAUUUUCGGUCUUAUUCAUUCUAUCGGUGACUUCGGUUUAGCUGUUAUGGACAGUGCCUUCUGGGCUAAAGCCUUUGCUGCUAAAACUGAAACCAUGGUUCCCGCUUACAUCAUUGGCUCCAUCACUAUUUACGCCUGUUCUUGGCCUUUGGGUACAGUUAUGGGUUUGAUUGGAGCUUACAUGUCGACUAAACCUAGUUUCCCCACUUAUCCUAACCCUAUGAAUGCUGACGAAAUUGCUAACGCUUUCCUGUUGCCCUACACUUUGAAGGCUUUACUAGGAAAUGGUGCUUGUGGUGCCCUGCUUUUAGCUCUUUAUAUGGCUGUCACAUCCACAGUCUCUUCUCAAAUGGUGUCUGUGAGUUCCAUUCUGAGUUUUGACGUUUACAGAACUUACAUUAAUCCUGAAGCUCAAAACAAGCAAAUGAUCAAAGUUACCCAUUUCGGAGUUGUCUUCUUUGGUUUGUUCUCCGCUGGAUUCUCUGUCAUGUUGCACUACGUUGGUGUAAGUUUGACUUGGAUGGGUUACUUCUACUCUAUGAUCAUUUGUGGUGGUGUCAUUCCUCUACUGCUGUCCAUUCUGUGGUCUAGACAGACCACUGUUGCAGCAUUUGUUGCUCCUAUUGCUGGUAUUAGUACCGGUAUUGCCACAUGGUUAUCUGUUGCCAAGACAAUGUACGGAGACUUGAGUGUUGCUUCGACUGGUCAACAACUGCCAUGUCUCUAUGGUGGUUUAGUAACCAUAUUCGUACCUGGUAUUGUCACGGUGCUUGUCAGUUUGCUAUACAAGCCAUACAAGUUUGACUGGGCCCGUCUUCAAGAUGCCACUUUGGUUGAAGGUGAGGAAGAUAGCAGUGAGAGUGAGUUUGAGAAAGACAACCUUUCACACUCUGAUGAAGAUAGGGAAAUUAAGGGAGUUGUUCCAGAGUACACCACUGAGAUUGGCUCCAUUGAAAGUCCUACUGACAGAGAAAAGGAACUGGUCAAGAUUAAGUUCUGGCUUAAGGUUGCAAGAAUAUACCUUGUGAUCAACGUUUUAGUCACUCAAGUUCUGUGGCCAAUGCCACUUUACAGAAACUGGAUCUGGAGUAGGUCAUUCUUCGAAGGAUGGGCAGGUGCCUCAAUUGGUAGUACUUACCUGGCUAUCGUGUUGGUGUGUAUCUACCCACUAUGGGAUGGAAGACAUGCGCUGAAGAAAGUAGCCUGCGGAGUAUAUCGUGAUUACAUCAAACGGGAGAACAAACAGGAGAACAAACAUCUGGUUGAGCCAGUGAUAGAAUCCAAAUAA